AGAAAUUUGUUUAUCACCGCUGUGCAAAUAUGAGAGAUAGUCACGCUGCUGCUGCCGCUGCUGCUGCUGGUGUUGGUGUUGGUGCUGCUGGUGGUGGUAAUGGAAAUGGUAAUGAAGUCGAGAUUGAUGAAGAUACUGUCGUUGUACAGGCUAUUUUGAAUACAGCACGAAUUCAGAGUGAUAUUCUUCGUCGUUUAAAUGCUGUUGAGGCUAUACAAAAGAUGAUUCUGGAAGAAUUACGACGCGGUCAAGCUCAGGCAAAUGAACGUUUCAUUGAUAUUUUGGAUAAGCGUCAAAGAGAAGAGAUUGAUCGUCUGAUGAAUAUGGUUGCUAUGCUGAGAGUAUCAAGUACCGGAGAUCCGCAUGGGAACUCGCAACGCCCAGAUCUUCGUCCAGCUAUGGCAACAUCCGUAUCGGCCCUUAAUUAUGCGUCACCCCAAGCAACAUUUACACGAGCUGCUUCACCCCGCUCAUUUUUUGGUGUAACUCCAUCAGCGGAUCCCACCCAACAACCAGUUAUAUCUCAGCAAUUUGCUAAUCAUAUUCUUGAACAACAACUGCAGUUUGCUGCACAGCAACAACGCACUAUGGCUUCAAUGUAUGGAUCACCACAGACAACAAUAGUUCCUAAUGCAUUCAGUCAUCCUCAAAUACCUGUUGCUUCAGCUGGAUUUUGUACCGGCGUACCUAUUCCAAUCCAGCAAACAACCCUGUUUCCAAAUGCAGUGGCAGCUCAUUUGCAACAACAGCCUAUUUCGCAGACCUCAAUUACUUCAUCGACUGUAACAGACACGUCAACUAAUAUUGCUAUGACAAAGCCACCUUCGGCUGCAACUCCGAUAGUUGCGUCUAAAGCGAUACCGUCGCAGCAGGUGCAAUCACAAGCAAUUUUUGGAAGUCAGGUGAAAGCAGACACGCCAUUCACGUUUGGAGCUCCUGUGAAACAAGAAGUUGUAACAACGGCAGCCGCUACGGUUACAGCCGCUUCGCUUUUGGCUAAACCAUUUCCUACAGGAACGACGACUAACAGUACUCCUUCGAGCACAUUUACAAAUUUAUUUUCUUCUACACCGAAAAGUACCCAGAUGGGAGCAGGAAAAAAAGAUGAUUCUGGGAACAGCUUGGUAACACCGAAAAAUAUCGGUAGUGAAGCUUCAGGAAAGAAUGAAUUAACAGGCGAUGAUGACGAAGCUCCAGAACAUUUCGAGCCAUCCGUUCAUUUUGAACCUGUUGUUCCACUGCCGGAACUUGUUGAGCUAUCAACGGGCGAGGAAAAUGAAGUGGUUAAAUUUGCCGAACGAUGUCGAUUAUUCCGAUUUGUUGACAAUGAAUACAAGGAACGAGGCAUCGGAAUGUUAAAGAUUUUAGAAAAUCCAAAGACAAAGAUAUGUCGUAUAGUUAUGCGCCGUGAUCAAGUUCACAAGGUUUGUGCCAAUCAUACGAUUCAAUCGACGAUGAAUUUGACACCAUUGCAAAAAUCUGAUCGAGCAUUUGUUUGGCUUGCACAAGAUUUCGCGGAAGAAGAGAAGAUGGAAAAAUUUGCUGCUCGUUUUAAAACGGCUGAAAUUGCAAAAAAUUUUGGAGCUGUAUUCAAUGCUGCUCGAGAUGCAGCCUCUUCGGCAGACAAUAGAGGAAAAACAGUUAAUGCAGCAUCAACUGACAAAGAAAAGGAAAAAGAGCUGGAAGGGGGAAAGAGUGAUGGUAUAAAAGGCUUUGGUGACGCGUUCAAACCGCCAGCAGGAAGUUGGUCAUGCAGCGCUUGCUACAUAUCGAAUUCAAUAAAUGCAACUGUCUGUAUAUGUUGUGGCACAGCUAAGGAUGGUGGAAGUGAUUCUGCAGCUCCAGCUUCUUCAAUUUUCUCAAGCAAGCCAACAUCAACGGUUGCACCAAUUAAGGGUAGCAGUGGAAUUACAUUUGGUUUUCGCAGUGAUAGCUCUCCUGCAAACGUCACUACGACAACAACUGCGGUAUUUAGCAGCGCGCCGCUCCCAACGUUCAGUUUCAAGGCAGCGACAACUACGACUGCAUCUGCAAAUGUUACUACAACGGUUGCAAAACCGCUGUUUAAUAGCUUUGUUUCUCGAGCUAUGACAACAACCACAGCUACAACUCCAAGCUCGGUUUUCCAGUCGGUUACGACUGCGACUACUACAACGACAAAUGCUUCAGUAACUCCAGCUGUGCCUAAUUUCAGUUUUAAGUUUACUCCAUCCAACUCUACCGCAUUCGGUGGUCCGCCGUCUUUUGGGACGAAAUUAACUUCUACUACCACGUCGACCUCGGCAGAAACAACAGAUAGUAGUGCUGUGAAUACGAAAUCAUCAUUGUUUGGAGGUUCUGCGUUUACUGGUGGCUCUGUUUUUGGGAAGUCUUCUUCCAGUGGUGGAUUCGCUGCGUUAGCAGCAAAAGCAAAAUCUGAAACACCAUCAAAGCCUGCUGAAGGAAAUAAAGUCAUCACACCAUUUGGAGGUGGCAAAUUUGAUUCAUCGAUGAAUUCCAUCUUUUCCUCAAACACUAAGCAGAAAUCUGGACCCAAAGAGAAGAAUGAAGAAGGAACAGAAGAUAAUUCAGAUGAUGCCGAAGAGUUUGAGCCGAAUGCACAUUACGAACCUGUGGUUCCUUUGCCGUCGCUUAUAGAAGUGAAAACUGGUGAGGAAGGUGAACAGGUAAUGUUCAAAGCUCGAUCGAAACUGUAUCGUUAUGUAGCUGAGACGAAAGAAUACAAAGAACGCGGUGUCGGUGAUAUCAAGAUUCUCUUCAAUCCGGAAACAAAACGAUGCCGCAUUGUUAUGCGGCGAGAUCAAGUGUUCAAAGUUUGCGCCAAUACACCUAUAACGGAUAAUUCAAAUAUUAAGAAGAAGCCGAACACCGACAAUGCAUGUAUGUGGAUGUGUAGGGAUUACUCGGAGGAGAAAGAAGGGGUAAAUGAAUGCUUUGUGGCCAAAUUCAAGGACGUUAGCUUAGCGGAUGAAUUUAUCCUUGCCUUUCAAAAUGCUGUAGAACGUAAAUUUCCUCUUCCGGAACAAAAAAACAUAGCUACGACAGGUGAGCUCUUAUCGGUUUUUGUUUAG